UGACCUUUCGCGCAAGCGUUGGCAACACUAACACCGUCGUCAUCCAUAUUGUAUCCAACAGUGAAGAAGAUUUGACUAACUUACCUAUUUCAGAUUUCUGAAGAAAAUGGCGAUGGAUUCCAUGAAAUUUGGCCCAGAGUGGUUACGCAACAUGAAGAGCGGGGAUUCCAGUGGAGGUGCAGCUCAGACAGCACCUAUCAGAAUGGCAGACCACCGCUACGGUCGGGAGGAGAUGCUGGCGUUGUUUAAUCGCAACGUCCAACCACCUGACGAUAUCAAGCAGCUGCAGGGGCUGUACGUCAAGGAAAUGCAGCUCCCGCUCGCUCUUAUACCUCAGACUCAGGAGGAAAUUACUCAGUGGAACCGGGGCAUCAAUAGUGAAGGAGCCCUGCGACUGUCCAAGCCUGGCAUGGGGCCGGGGGGGCCGAGAGGUGCGAUGGGGGGUCGGGGGGGCUCGGUGGACAGGGGAAGAGGGCGGGGGCGCGGCUCCUAUCACUAUAGUCGGGGACUGAGCUACGACGAGUCAGAGAACACCAACGGAUAUCCUCGUGGGAGAAACAACUACGACAGAUCUCAGAGUGGUGGGGGAUGGGGAGAGAGGAAUGGAGGGGAUACAGGCGACAGUCCUCGGAAAGAUUUUGGGUCUCGCGACACCAACUGGAGGAGACAUCGGUUGAGUGGUGGAGGGGAGGAGGAUGAUGGCUGGCGGGCGUCUAGGCCCUCGGACAAGUGGGGGAGAGGUAACAGUAACAGCUGGAGAGAGGGUGAAGGCUGGGACAGAUCACGCCCUUGGGAGGAGACAAACAACUCACACCCUCCACCUCGCAAACACUGGGAAGAGGAGUCCAACCUGCCCGAGUGGGCGAUGGAAAAUCCAAGUGAAAGUGGGGGCAGUUUUGAUGCCUCCGGAGCGUUUCAUGGUGGACCAGUUUGUUCGGACGAGGAAGAAGGGGCCACUAACCAGCAAAGAGGAAGGACAAAAUCAGAGCAAAGCAAGACCAACACUUCCCAACCCAGGCCAACAUCGCAGACAAAGAAAGAACCCCCCAACAUCACAAAUGGAACAUCCCCUUCACAAGACCAAGGUGCUGCUGACACUGUUAGUACUAAAGCAGCUCCUCUAAGACUCUCCCAAAGUGCCACCAAUCUGAACAGUGAGCGACGACCUCCUGUUCAGGCAGUGAAUCCACUGCCUCACCCACUUAGUACCUCUGCUUCCUUUUCUGGUGUAAAUAGCCAUCCUUCCCUCUCUUCCGGUGAAAGCAAACCACAGAGAGAGCAACCCGUGAGAAAACCUGCCACAUCGCCUCUGGAGCAACACUCGGCCUUCACAAACUAUGUACCUCCCAAACCGGUUGAAGAACCGAAACCACCUCAGAAACCAAAUCACGAAGACGAGAUGGAGCAGAGGUUACUGAACGAUGCGGACGUGUUUGUCUCUCGACUGAUGGAGGAGGAUGGAGAGGCUAUCCCCUCCCCCUCCAACACAUCACCCUCCCACCAUCACGCCAGCACACAGUCGCCACUACCCAACUCCAACAAAGACAUCAGCUGGGUGUAUCAGGACCCUCAAGGCGAGAUACAAGGGAAUUUCCUCCCUACUGAGAUGGCUGAUUGGUAUGUCCUGGGGUAUUUCUCGUCUAGUUUACUUGUCCGAAGAACUUGCGAUGAAAUAUUCUUGCCGAUCAGUGAGAUGAAGAAGUUCUGGAAGCCAGACAAACCUUUUGAAGUAGACUAUCACACAUUACCUCCCAUCAAGAAGAACCAACCACACCCAUUGAUACCUCAGACACUGCCUGCCGCUCCUCCCGCCCCGGCUCUGGACGAUGCGAUGCUGCUGCAGUACCAGAUACAUCAGCAAAUGCUGCACCAAAGACAACAAGCCGCUAUCUUUGCCAGACUAAGGCAGUCGGAACAGUUCAACAAACUAAGUGAUCUGGAGCAGCGUCAGGUGUUGGCACAGCAGACGAGUCUGGCAGGUCUGGAGCCGCUACAAGGAGGCAUGAUGCUGCCACACAUGCAACAACACCCAGUCAGUGCUGCUAACCCGACGACCAACAGCAACGUGAUUGCCAUGCUGCAAGUGUUGGCUGCUCAGCAACAACAGCAACAGCAACAACUGCAGCAGCAGAGGUUGGGAGCAGGAGCGGUGCCGGUCUUGUCUACCCCAGCUGAGCCAACACUGGACCCGCUACAGCAGAUCAUGUCUCAGAUAGGACUGCAUGGCCCCACCAGGACUGCUGCUCCCCCUGCCACACCGCAGACGACACCAGAUAAUCAACAAAGCUUCCACGAGUUCCUCAACUCCUUCCGUCAGAGACAAGCCGCAGCAGUGCCCCCACCCCCCACCCAGCCACAAGCACCGCCCGUGAUGGAGUCAGUGUGGGGUGCCCCCGCAUUCCCUAGCUGGUCCGUGCCUCCUGGUCAUGCCCCCGCCACUGCCAACCCUCCGCAGAGUCUGUGGGCUGACCCUAUCUCCAAAGGAAUAAAAACUGAGAAAGAUAUCUUAGAAGAACAACGGAGAGUGGAAGAAAAGAAAAAAGAGGAAUUGAGGAAACAAGAAGAGCUCCGGUUAAAGGAGGAAGAGCGUGAGCGACUGAGGAGGAUUAAAGAAGAAGAAGAAAUGGAAAGGCAGCGACAAGAAGAGGAGGAGAGAGAAAGAAAGAGGGCACUGGAAGCAGAAGAGAAAAUGAAAAAAGAGGCGGCAGCUAAGAAAGAACAAGAUAGGUUAAAAAAAGAAGAAGAAAAGAAGAGGAAAGAAGAAGAAAAGCGUAGAAAAGAAGAAGAAAAGAGAAAGCAGGAAGAAGAGAAGAGAAAGGCAGAAGAAGAGCGCAAGAGACAAGAAGAGGAGAAAAAGAAACAGGAGCAAAUGGCCAAGCGACAGAAUGAAGCGUUGAAGCGGAUGCAGGAGCAACAGCAGGCACAAGUUAGGGCUGCCAAGGUAACACCCACCCCUGCACCUUGGACCCCUCCAGACGCCACAGGGCCUAGUCUCGUGGAUAUACAAAAGACGGAGCGCAAACAGGUACUACUGUCUAACGGUUGUGUUCUCCGCAUCCCUCCCAACUCCCUCCUUGAAAAACUUAUCCUCCAAGAAAAUUCCUUCCGAUUGCAACAACAGCUGAAGGAACAACAGGAGAAGGAGAAGAGAGCUUUGGAGAAACAACAACAAGCUUUGCAACAACAGCAGCUGAAGAACUCCAAGAGCGCCUCCGGACUGCUGGGCAGCCUCAAGUGGGCGGACGUCCCCAACUCUGCCCCGCCACGGGUCAAGAGUCUGGCGGAGAUACAGGCAGAGGAGCAGGAGAGAUUGGCCAAGCAAUCAGAGAGGGAGAAGGCAGAAAGGAUGGCCGCCAGCAAGGAGGUUACAAUUCCUCAGGCUAACUCCAUCUGGCAAACUGCCAGUCAGAGUCUGUCUUGGUCAGAGCCGACCUCGUCCGUGUGGGGGGGACCGAUGCCUAACAACUCUGCGAGCGGUGCUGGUGCCCGGUUUUUCGACGAUGAUCGCAACAAAGCUGCGGCCAAGCCCCAGCCACAGACCAAGCCUCAAGCCAAACCACAGACCAAGACCAAGGCCAAGAAAGAGGAGGCUGUGGUCAAACAACUGUUUGAGAAACACAUCCCUAAGGAUGCCAAGGCCGAAGAGUUUAACAAGUGGUGCAACCAAGCUCUACAUGAAGUGCUUAAAGGGGAGUGUGAUGUUCCCACUAUAAUAGACUUCUUGUGGACAUUGGAGUCACAAGAUGACAUCGUGGAGUUCUGCCAGGUUUAUUUGAAGGAAGCGAGCAUGGCGUUGCAAUUUGCUUCCAAGUACAUGAACCGGCGCAGACGGCUGCUCAACAACAGCUCUCAGUCUGAGAUGCGCCAGGAGACCGCUCCCUCCUCGGCGCAGCCUUCCAAUAAUAACUUCCAAGAAGUCAAGGGCAAAAACAAGAAGGUGAAGAAGACCAAGAUGACCAAGGUUGACAGUCGCAUUCUCGGGUUCAACGUCACGGCCGCCCCCGAUCGCAUCAACGUCGGCGACCGUGACUACGGAGAGAAUAUUUAGUGAGAGGACGAGAGAAUAUUCAGACUAAUGAUGGAAGAAAAAUACAAAUACAGGAAUGAAGUUGAAGAAACAACUGAUACAAACAAAAUAAACCAAUCUUCCUGAAGAAAGGCAUAUAUUUGUUUUUUUAACAAAUAUUUUGUAACUAAAAACAAGUAAAGAUAAGAUAUAUUUGUUGACUCUUUGUUUUGUUUUAUAUAUAGUAUAAAAAGAACGAGUGUUUGUAGUCGCCAUUGUGCAUGAUGGCGGCUGUUGUACACGCGUGCCUGUUGGAAAAUAAAUUAUUCAUACAUAA